AGAAAUAAAACAAGUCUGUUGUGUUUGAAUUUGGCGCUUGCUCUUUAAAUUCGUAAACCAGAUUUGUUUAAAUGUGUUUGUUGCUACAGUUUAUACCUGAUUGAUGUUAUUAUUUGUCAGUGUCGUAUAUUAGAUAGUUUCGCGCCAUUGAAUCGUGGGUGAACCAGCGAUUCCGAAGCUGUUGUUUUCUAAAUUCUGACGCCAGGUCAAUGUGUUGAUAAACAAUUCACGAUGCGACCAUGUGAGCAGAUAAUGUUUUGGGAGAAAGAAUAAAACGCGUAUGAACGUUUCUCCCCGCAUCAGAGAGAAACUCUCAGCCGAUGCUGCUGCUGUUUAAUGAAUAGUUCUUUGAUUUCAACAAUAUGUCUAAAAUCAUAGCACCUCUGGAGCUAACUUUAGCGAUUAUCAAACCGGAUGUGUGCAGAAAUCCAUUCAACCUAGAAUUGCUCCGGCAGAUGGUCUUAGCUAAUAAUUUCUACUUUGUCGACACCAAAGUUGCUCAACUGAGUAGAACAGAGGCAGAAAAAUUCUAUAUUGAACACAAAGAUAAAUUUUUCUUCAAUCGCUUGGUCACGUUUAUGUCUAGUGGUCUUCUAUCAGCGCACAUCCUUGCCAGGGAAAAUGCCAUCAAACAUUGGAGAGAGUUGAUGGGCCCCACACACGUUUACCGGGCCCAGUACGAAGCUCCUUUAUCCCUAAGAGCCCGGUUUGGCUUAACAGACACAAGAAAUGCCACUCACGGUUCAGAUUCCCCCGACACUGCCAGAAGAGAAAUUUCCUUCUUCUUUCCAAACUUCAACAUGGAGGAAUUCUACAAGUACCAGGAACCAUACUUCAGGAACAACGAGGUCAUGUUCGACCCCAAGCACUGCGUCCACAAAAUCAAAGACGCCAAGGCCCAAAAGAUAUGAACUUUGUGAUAGACCCUGUCAUGAACUGGAACUCGGAGAAUGGUGUUCGAGGCUGCCAUUGUUCGGAUCUGAACAUCCUUUCUUGUACAUAGCGUCUGUGAAAGCAUGACCUUCUUGAAUAAGGCACAGGGCUGUAGCUACGGCCGAAAAAUAAAUAAGUAAAAACAAAUAAAAUGAAUAAAUAAAUAAAAUUUGAAUAUAAACCAAUCAGUCAAUGAUAAAGUAAUGUGUCAAAUAAUAAAAAUGAUAGAAUUCUGAAAGAAGAAAAAAAUAACAUGGUUAUGUUCUAUGCAUUUUUAUCAUCGACAUGUUUAAGACAUUCAUUUAAACUUUUAAGUGGGUUUUUUUUCUUCUUUUUUUUUUUUAAAUUUCAUUCUGUGUCGUCAGGGCCUUUCAGUUUUUCUUAAAAUCUCACUUCAAUCAAGGAAUCUUGAGUAUAUCAAUCAGCUGUUUGUUGCACUAUUAACCGAGCUACUUGUUUGAAUAUUAGAUGCAGAUGAUAAAUGAAAAAGUAAAACAGAAUAAUAUUUUUUCGUAAUGAAACUAAUAACAUGGGCUAUUUGUUAGCCAUUAAAAAUUUUGAUAUUUUUCGGCUGUUGUGAGCUUUUGUUGCAUUAAUUUAAUUAUUUCUCCUUUGAUCCUUCAGUUUAAUGCUCAAGAAGGUAUCCUAUAAUGUGAAACUUUUAAAUUAUCGGAUAAAGCUUUUAUAUUUAAAAAAAUUUUAUGCCACGUUGAGCCUUCAGAUUUAGUGCCUAAGCUUUCUAUAUCCGAAAAAAAGUAUUAAUUUUUUGAUUUUCUCUAUUCUGGGCCAAAUUAAGCUAAAAUCAGAAUAGAAUUAUGGCACAAAAUGUCUCUUUGAAUUUUCUUAAUCCCUCUUUCUUUUUUGAUAUUGAAUUAUACUUUAUUUUUUCCUGUUUAUACAUUUAAAUUUCUUAUUUGGAAGUUAAUGUUUUAUGAAAUUAAGUUAAAUGUGUAGUGUAUACAUAGUAUAUUUAGGCAAAAAACUGUGUACAUUUAACAAAAUGUUGAUUUAACUUGACGUGAUUGCAUAAAAAAAUAUAUUUAAAAAAAAAGAAAAGAUUUUUUUUCCUUCAAGAAAAUAAGAAUUCGUUAAACCUCUUUUGUUGCUAAAAAUUAGCCAUUUAGGUGAAUAAUAUAAUUAUAGUAUAUAUAAAUGCCAUUAUAGAAAUGUAUUCUCUUUUUUUUAAUUUUUUUAUUAUUAUUAUUUGUUUCUUUGGGGCUCUCCAAAUGGAUGAAAAUCAAUUAAAAAAGUUAUACGUUAUGAAACAAUUGUCUUGAAGUUCCUAAGUUUUUAUUUGAUAUUGAAGUGGAUUCAUACGGUCAACGUAUGUGUGUUUGUAUAUAUUUAUGUUUUUUGUCGUUUUACUUAGACUUUAAAAUUUUUCUUGUCACUCUUUGUAUAGCUCAUUUUUCAUUUUUUUUUCUUAUAUGUUGUAAAGGGGAAUUUCCUCUGAGUACUUAUUUUUAUAUGCAAUAAA